UUACCUUGUAGAAGGAGACGCUAAAGAAGAAAUCUUGCAGCCUCCAGAGCCUCAGCCAGUACCACCAAUCUUAACGCCAUCUCCCCCAUCAGCUUAUCCAACAGUCACUACUGUGUGGCAGGACAACGAUAGAUACCACCCAAAGCCAGUUUUGCACAUGGUUUCGUCCGAGCAUUCAACAGACCUCAAUGAGAAUUAUAAUAAGUCAACAGAACAUUCAGGGAAGAAUGAACCCAGUGAACGUGCAGAGAAAAGGCUGGAGCGCAACUUAAGUUUUGAGAUCAAGAAGGUACCUCUUCAGGAGGGACCACGAAGCUUUGAUGGGAACUCCCUGUUGAACAGGGGACAUGCAAUUAAAGUUAAGCCUGUGUCAUCCUGUGCACUUGAUAAGAGCUUUAGGCCACAGGAACAGAUUUCAGGGGAUUCAUUUGUAGAUGCUUCUCAAAACUCAUGUAUGGAAUGCAGCGUGCCACCGUCUAACACAGCCUUAAUACCUUCACCAGAAAGUCUGCAGAGUCAGCAGGUUUCUGAUACUCCACCGAGACCAGAUCGUCUGCCUCUGACAGAAAAGGGACAUGCCACGUGGGCGCUGCAUGGGCCUGAAAAUGCACUGCGUACGUCAGUGUCUGAAGACACGUCUUCAGACAUCUUGUGUCAUGGUGUUAAAACUCUCAGUCUGGUAUCAAACACCACAGUUGAACAUCCUUCCAGUGAUCAUGUCGAUCAUACUACUAUUUCUGUUCGAGCACCCCUCUGUUUUACUAAUCCUCUUCAUUCAGACGAUUCGGACACAGAUGACAUGAACUUUGACGGCGCCAUGAGCAAAAGUGCAUCUAAUGUUUCAACCGCAAGUGCCACAGUUUCUGCUGCCACUAAUACUGAAAACAUUUCUGCCAGAAAAGUAUUGCCAAUGUCUAUUGCUAGGCAAGAUUUAACAGCUGUAACAUGUUCUGAAGAUGGCAAAGAUGCUGAUACCAGUGAAGAAUCCUCUCCCCCACUUCCAGAAAGAACACCAGAAUCAUUUGUAUUAGCAAGUGAACAGAGCACACCCUUGCCGAAGCCAGUUAUGAUUGCGCAGUCUGAGUGGAGCAUAUUGCGUGAUCAGCAUCCCCCUGACCAGGCGGUCUCUACAGGUUUGAAAACGACGUCACCUAUUCUAGCCGAUCAUCUUGAAAGAAGCAACAAAACACCAACUGACAUUUUACCUCAGAUUUCUUUUUCUGGUUCCACGGAUAGAAGAGGUCAAAUUUCAGAAAGUCCUGCAGAAGUAACAGAUAUCGGCUUUGGUAACCGCUGUGGAAAGCCCAGAGGACCACGAGAGCCACCUUCAGAAUGGACAUGAUCCAAGAACCAAUGGACAUCCUGUCAAUAAAUUAUACUGGAAAACUCAAGUGCCACUGAGAACUAGAAAAAUAGUAUUCCACUUUUCCAGGGGGCGACUAACACAGAGCAGUGUAGAUCUAGCUACCAAAUGGUACACUCUUCCAGUGCAUCCCACGCAAAACCUUAAACAUUGUUCACCGCAGUGGAUUCCAGUAUUACAACUUAACUUUUUGCUGGGGCCAUCUACCUGCCUUACUACACUUAGGAGAAAGUAUUACAUAUGAUUUAUUUUGUAACUUCAAGUAUUAUUGCCUUAAUGUCUUUUAACCCUGUUACACGCUGCUUGUAGACAUAUGUUAAUAUAGUAAUACUUUUGACAGAUUGUGUUUAUGGACUACUUUUUGCUAACGUUUGAUUACCAUGUAUGCAUUAUUUUGUAUAUGUACAGGGCAAGUAAGUAUAUAAUUUGAUAAAGUUGCAAUCAUAAAAUAUUAACAGAAGAUGUAAGAAAUCUCUGCAUGAUCUAAAUUUUUGUGUACCUUGUUUGUAAAUUAUUUGCCCUGAAGUUUUAGAAAAUAGUUUCUGGGGUUUUUUACAAAAAUUGCUGGACACACACAGCUAGAAUUGCAGGUUAGCAGAGAUAAAGAUUGUAAUACAUUUUGUAAAUUGUAAGCAAAAGGUUAUUUUUAUAUUAUAUACUGUUUAAUUGUCAGACCUAAUUUGUUCUGGUUUUCAUCUAGUCAUGGAGAUUCAGUAAGUGCCUUGGAACAGUAUUGAAUUCUCUUAGCCUGUGUAUGUUACUUCAGUGUUUUGAGUUCAUCUGGAAUUAGAUUAUCAAAAAUAUUUGUACGUUUCUAGUAUAUUUGACCUGCCAGUAAAAGAUAAACCAUUCUACGUAAUCAACACUCCUUAGUUUUCAUUUUAAUGUUUCAUCAGUUGCAAUCUUUAGAAAAUUCAUCUCUAUCAACUUUCUGUAUAAUAGGAUUUUACAGUUUUAAUAUGACGUGUUUCUAAUUUGGGAAAACCAGAACACCCUGGUAAAAGGACUGUUUGGAUACCACUGUCUUCUCUCA